AUGUUGAUGGGAAGAAAGAGCUCAGAGGUCCUGUCGAAUGUGAAUGGGCACAGCUUUGAGGCUGGCACUUGGUCUAUCAGUGUCUUGUUAUUGUUGUUAUCAGAGACGGAUCCUGACAACCUCUACGAGUUCUCGCCUGAACGCCACAUUGCAUCAGAUACUAAGGACUAUCAGUCUAUUUUAGACCCCUCAAAAUGUCCUACUCUCUUUGCAAUCCUCAAGUCACCCUUCAUUGGCCUCAGCAUUGUCCCACCAUUUAUUCCCGUCUCUGCACUUGAUGCGCCCCCUGGGGUUGGACGAUGA